GCUGAGCAGCCUCCCAGCACAGCAGGUUGCUGCGGCCCCUGUCCAAGCUGGCCUUGGAUGUUGAUGGGCAUGGGGCAUGCACAGCCUCUCUGCGCUGGUCCCUGUGUCAGGGACAAGCACCCUGACAGGAAAGAACUUCUUGCCAUCAUGGAAUGGAUUCCAGCUCUUGCAGUUUCAUCCCAUUCCCCCUUGUUCUGUGACUUCAGUUGCUGACAAAGAGUCCUCUCCCACUUCCCUGUAGGUCAGGAUGUUCCUGCAGUGUCACACAUGUGGCUGAAGCUGCAGCCAGGAGAGAGAGAAGCCAAGCUGGCAGAGAGAGGAAAUGGGGAAAGUGACAUGAGAGAUGAGAGAAGAAGGAAAAAGUAGAGACAUGCAAGGCAUUGGGUUGGGUGAUUUGUGGCAUUCCUGCCUUUUAUUAGAGGCCAGGUUCUCUGGUGCACUCAAUGACUGUGUGAUUGCGGCGUGUCCACAGUGAGCCCGUGUGAGCGAGCUGCACUCCCAGAGGCCGGAGCACACUUGCUUCAAGUGUUGAUGAAUGAGGCCAGAGAUGGGUCUUUGUGUGGAACUCCAAACGCUGUGCAUUGCCAUGAAGAGUGUUGUCCUGGGUUGACUAUAUGAUGCUUUUAUCCCCAAUCGUCUUGUUCUGUUUACGCUGAAUAAUAUGUUUUAAACCUUUAAGACUCUCUUCCAGACAGUGAGGACGGGAGGGAAGAAGCGCACAGUUUGUUUUCAGACUGCUCUCACUCCUCCACAUUCCUGCUCCUGGACUGUGUUUUCUGCGGAUGGACAGACAGCCGGACAGAGCUCCUUUUUUCCCUUUUUCUUUUUUUAGUUAGUUUUAGCUGGCUGAGGCAAAGAAGUUCUCCAGAUUGUGAUUUUUUUCCUUUUUUCUUGGACCUGUUCAAGCCUGCUCUGCACUGAACACCCAGAAGAGCACCGGCAGCUCCACCUGUAGCCCCUGGCCAGGCCUAGGCCGCGGCGUUUCCAGCACCAGAGACUGAUCAGAGACUGAGUGAGCCAAGCUGCAACCAGGAGAGAGGACUGUUCUGAGUUUGCUUUCCUUGGAUCAGUGAGAAGUUUUAUUGUUUAAUAUUGUUUGGUUUCUAUUGUUUAAUAAACAGGUUUCUUUCCACUUUUCUCCAAAGAAAUAUUUUCUCCUGAACCGGUUGGAGGGUGGAGGGGCAAUUGCAUCUGCUUUUGUAGAGAAGCCCCUUUGGGGGUUAUCUCCCAAACUUGCCCUAAACCAGGACAAAUACAGUUAGUGGCGCCCAAAGCGUGGCUUGAGAAAGUGGAAAAAAACCCUUUAUUGAUUGUAGGUUUGUUGUGCUUGGUGUGUAGUAGGUUAAAGUACCCAGUAGCCAUGUUAUUUGAAUUUGUAAUGUCUCUUGGGGAGGCCUUUAUGUGGCUCUGGUCUCUAGACCUUUUUGAGGUUUCAAUACUUUUCUGGUCACUAGGAUUAUUGUCCCUAUCACGUAGUUUUUGCGGUAAAGGGGCAUGGAUUAGAUUAGCUAUUGUGUUAGCCUUGGUGAUAAUGAUUUAUAAGGCGUUUACAAAAAUACUGGCGUCUGUUUACGAUAUGUAUGGUUUAUGGUUUCUUCAUCUUACCCUGCAUCCCAGUUCUAGCAGUAUGUUUUGGGAAUUUAUUAGUAAUUGCACCCAGCUGGUUAGAGGAGGAGCAGGGAAUGAGGCUUUCCAGCCUUUCCUUUCCUUCUUCUCCUUUGAAUCUGUUAUGUCACUUUUGGAGAAUGUUCAGUUUCCCCUGAAUAUUAAAGAGACCAUCUUUCUGGCAUUUAAUCUAGUAGGCUUCCUCUAUAUGGUCUGCAGCUUCUCUAGAAUGAGGGCUGAGAUGUCUAGAAGAGCUGAUGAGACCCCUGACCCAGAAGUAGACCCACGUGUGGAGAAUCCUGAGUGGGGUGGAGAAUGGGAAAAUAUGAGCCAAAUCCUGAAAGAAUUCUCUGACCCUAUAGUCUGGGACUUUCCCCAUGAACAAAUUCAGAACCCAGCUGAAGUGGGGAAAUAUCUGAAAGAGAAGUAUCUCAAUGAUAGCCCUAAGGAGAAAAGGAUCAUUGCAGUGAGCUGGGCCCUAGCAUAUGCUUAUCGUACACUGCUAGAUACUCUAGGGCAGCAGACCGAGGAACGGGGGCAGGGAGAUACAUCAAGAGCUAUCCCAAUCGCUCAAGUUGCAACCAACACCCCAAGCUCAAAACCAGCAGCUAAACCACAUAGUGAACCUAAGCCAGUGGUUAAACCAAACAAUAAGCCUCAACCAAUAGCUGUUGCUACUAGCACUAAAAGUAAGAAGUGCACAGACAAGACCGAUCGACCAAUAGAUGAUAAUGAUGAUGAUGCAAAAGAAAGACCCUCAACAUUUCCUAACAUAAAAUCAGGAGUCAAAGCAACUAACACAAAAUCAGAAGCCAAUAUUAAGUCCUUCUCCCUAAAAGACCUGCGUGGCCUAAGGAAGGAUUACACCCGACGAUCUGAUAAAUCCAUAAUUAGCUGGUUAGUCUGUCUUUAAAAUGCUGCAAGCGAAGCUACAAUUCUGAAUAACACAGAAGCGAAGCAUUUGAGAUCCCUGUCACAUGAUCCUGUCAUUGACCAAAGCAUGAUGAGGGGGGCUAACCCUCACAGCCUCUGGGUACAGGUCUUAAACAGUGUAGCACAAAGAUACUUGUGUGCCGAUGAUCUCUACAUGCAGCAAACACAGUAAAAAACCAUAGAACAAAAGAUUCAACGCUUGAAAAAAAUAACAAUAAGAGAAAUUAUAUUCUCAGAUGACAUAACAAUUAAAAAUCCAGACUUAGUACCAUGCACAUCUGUGAUGUGGCGAAAACUAGUACAACUUGAACCACAUGAAUAUGCAUCUGCUCUAGCUAUCAUAAAGCGAGAUAACAUGGAUGAGACUGUGCUUGACAUGGCAAAGAAACUCCGAGCUUAUGCAGAUGCUGUGCAUAGCCCCACACAUGCCAGAAUCGCAGCGGUGGAAACACGUCUGAAGAGAUUAGAAGAUAAGAUAAAAAAGAAUCAUAAGAAGCUUAGAAAAGAGAUUAAAGAAAACCUUCUCCAAAUCUCAGCAGUACAGAUCAGAGGUUCUAGUACCCAACGCAGACGUUCCCCAGAUGGAGAAAGAAAGUACACCCCACGAGCUGAGCUGUGGUUCUUUCUGCGUAAUUGUAGAGAAAACAUGAAGCUAUAAGAUGAAAAAUCCACCGCUGCUCUGGCCCGAAAAGUACGUGAAUUAAAAGAAGACAAAGCUCAGAGAAGAAGUUCCACCACAAGGAAAGCAGCUCCAGUUACCCAUAGCCAAACUGCCAGCAGAAUGCAAGCCUCAGUUUGCCUUCACCUAGAGAGGUGUGCAGUACACUUGAAACCGACUGCCCCAGGAGUAGAAGCACAGUCCUACCAUCUGCCAUAGACUGAUCCAAAGUACACUAGAAAAAGGUAAAACUCCAGAACAUCUGCAGUAUAUUGAUGACAUCAUUAUAUAGGGGAAGACAGCAGCAGAAGUGUUUGAGAAAAGAGAGAAAAUUAUCCAAAUUCUCCUGAAAGCCGGCUUUACCAUCAAGAAGAGCAAAGUCAAAAGACCUGCUCAAGAAAUCCAGUUUCUAAGAGUAAAGUAGCAAGACGAACAGCGUCAGAUUCCCACUGAUGUCAUCAACAAGAUAACAGCAAUGUCUCCACCAUCCAACAAGAAGGAAACACAAGCUUUCCUAAGUGCCAUAGGUUUUUAGAAAAUGCACAUUCCUGAAUAUAGUCAAAUCGUGAGCCCUCUCUAUCUAGUCACCCAUAAAAAGAACACUUUCCACUAGAGCCCUGAACAGCAACAAGCCUUCGUCCAAAUUAAGCAAAAAAUCGCUCAUGCAGUAACCCUUAGCCCAGUCAAAACAAGACCAGAUGUGAAAAAUGUGCUCUAUUCUACAGCCGGGAACCAUGGUUUGUCCUAGAACUUGUAGCAGAAAGUGCCUGAAGAGACUCGAAGCCGACCACUGGGAUUUUAGAGUCGAAACUACAGAAAGUCUGAAGCCAACUAUACUCCAACAGAGAAAGAAAUUUUAGCAACCUAUAAAAGAGUCCAAACUGCCUCAGAAGUAAUAAACACCGAAGCACAACUCCUCCUGGCACCCCGACUACCAGUACUGGGGUGGAUGUUCAAAGCAAAAGUUCCCUCUACCCACCAUGCCACCAGUGCUACAUAAAAUAAGUAGAUUGCUCUCAUAACACAGCGUGCCCGUAUUAGAAAGCUGAAUCGCCCUGAAAUUCUAGAAAUAAUUACAAACUAGCCAGAAAUUAAAAACUUCAGUCUCACUGAUAAAGAAGAACAAGAAAUGACACAUGCUGAAGAAUCUCCUCCAUAUAACCAACUGCCAGCGGAAGAAACACAAUGUGCUCUUUUUACUGAUGGUUCCUGUCGCAUGGUAGGAAUGAAUCGGAAGUGGAAAGCAGCUGUAUGGAGCCCCACACGACAGGUUUCAGAGGCCACUGAAGGAGAAGGUGGAUCAAGCCAACUUGCUGAACUCAAAGCUGUUCAACUGGCCUUGGACAUUGCUGAAAGAGAGAAGUGGCCAAAGCUCUACCUCUACACUGAUUCAUGGAUGGUAGCCAACACUCUGUGGGGCUGGCUGGAGAGGUGGAAAGAGGCUAAUUGGCAGCGUAGAGGAAAACCAGUUUGGGCUGUUGAAGAGUGGAAAGACAUCGCUACCAGGGUAGGGAGGCUACCUGUGAAGGUCCGCCAUGUAGAUGCCCAUGUCCUCAAGAGUAGAGCUAAUGAGGAGCACAAGAACAAUGAGCAGGUAGACCAGGCUGCAAAGAUAGGGGUGUCCAAGACAAACCUAGAUUGGGAGCAUAAGGGAGAGUUAUUCCUAGCUCGAUGGACCCAUGAUGCCUCAGGUCAUCAGGGUAGAGAUGCCACCUAUAAGAGGGCACGAGACCGAGGAGUGGAUUUAACCAUAGACAGUAUUUCUCAGGUUAUCCACGACUGUGAGACGUGUGCUGCCAUCAAACAGGCCAAGCGGAUGAAGCCCCUAUGGUAUGGUGGGCGGUGGUCCAAGUACAAGUAUGGGGAGGCCUGGCAGAUUGACUACAUCACACUGCCCCACACACACCAAGGCAAGCGCUACGUGCUCACAAUGGUAGAAGCCACCACAGGAUGGUUGGAGACCUACCCUGUGCCUCAUGCUACUGCCCAGAACACCAUCCUGUGCCUGGAAAAGCAAGUCCUGUGGAGACAUGGUACCCCUGAGAGGACUGAGUCAGACAACAGGACUCAUUUCAAGAACAGCCUUAUUAGCACCUGGGCCAGAGAACAUGGCAUUGAGUGGGUGUACCAUAACCCCUACCAUGCACCAGCUGCGGGAAAAGUGGAAAGGUACAAUGGGCUGCUAAAAACCACCUUAAAAGCCUUAGGUGGGGGAUCUUUCAAAAAUUGGGAGCAGCAUUUGGCAAAGGCCACCUGGUUAGUUAAUACCCGAGGCUCUACUAACUGAUUGGGCCCUGCCCAAUCUGAGCCUUUGCAUAGAGUAGAUGGAGACAAAGUCCCAGUGGUACAUGUCAGGGGUUUGUUAGGGAAGACAGUUUGGAUCAAUCCUACCUUGAGUACAGACAAACCCAUUUGCGGAGUUGUUUUUGCUCAGGGACCAGGUUGCACAUGGUGGAUAAUGCAAAAAGAUGGAAGAACAGGAUGUGUACCUCAGGGAGAUCUGAUUGUUGGGUGAGAACUAUGUAUAAAUAUCACUGUUUGCUGAAUGUUACCACCAUUGUCUGUGUAUAGCUGUAUAUUAGAUGUAUAAUAUAUGUGUUUGUAGAGUAAGAAUAUAUAUUAGUUUUAGUAGUAAGCCGAUGAUAUGGGGAUAAGGGGUGGAAUGUCCUGGGUUGACUAUAUGAUGCUUUUAUCCCCAAUCGUCUUGUUCUGUUUAUACUGAAUAAUAUGUUUUACACCUUUAAGACUCUCUUCCAGACAGUGAAGAGGGGAGGGAAGAAGCGCACAGUUUGUUUUCAGACUGCUCUCACUCCUCCACAUUCCUGCUCCUGGACUGUGUUUUCUGCGGAUGGACAGACAGCCGGACAGAGCUCCUUUUUCCCUAUUUUCUUGCUUUUAGUUAGUUUUACCUAGCUGAAGCAAAGAAGUUCCCUGGACUGUGAUUUUUUCCUUUUUUCUUGGACCUGUUCAAGCCUGCUCUGCACUGAACACCCAGAAGAGCACCAGCAGCUCCACCUGUAGCCCCCCUGUCUGGGCCUGGGCAGCAGCAUUUCCAGCACCAGAGAGACUGAUCAAAGACUGAGUGAGCCGAGCUGCAACCCAGGGAGGUGGCCGUUCUGAGUUUGCUUGUUUUUUUGGAUCAGUGAAAAGUUUUGUUGUUUAAUAUUGUUUGGGUUCUAUUGUUUAAUAAACAGGUUUCUUUCCACUUUUUCUCCAAGGAGAUAUUUUCUCCCAAACUGGUUGGAGGGUGGAGGGGCAAUUGAAUCUGCUUUUGUAGAGAAGCCCCUUUGGGGGUUAUCUCCCAAAUUUUCCCUAAACCAGGACAAAGUCCAAGGGACAAAUUUGUGCCAAUGAACUUCACACCUUGAAC